UGUGUCUAUGGUUAUGUAGCGUUCUCGGUUCUAUAAUAAAUUAUAUUUUCCCUCCAUUGUAUUAUAAUUUGCGUGGAAAUUUAAAAGAAUAAUAAUUGAUAUAACGUCUAUCAACUCUUCCAUUAUUGUUUACUUUCCAAAGUUCAGGAUGCGGAAAGUAUCGAAGAGUCGUACGGACGAUGAUAUGGUUUCAUCCACAAAUGGAUCUGGAUCUUUAAGCAAUGAAGAGCAUCAGGAAGCGGGGCAAUCAGUUCAUGACGAAAAAGAGUCUAAUGAUAAAUUAGACGGCAGUGAUUUUGAAAGUGAAUCUGAGAAACCCAAAGAAUCAACUAAGAAAAGUAAAGCUAAAAGUAAAUCAAAGAAAAAAAAAUCUGAUAAAAGUAACAACAAAAAAGACGCGGAAGAAGAAUUUGAGGUGGAGAAAAUUGUAGAUUCUAAGAGAAUCAAGGGCAAAUUGCAUUAUUUAAUUCGUUGGAAGGGAUAUUCUGUUGAUAGUGAUACUUGGGAGCCUGCUCAUACACUAUCAUGCCCGGACUUGAUCAACAAAUUCAAUGAAGAAAAGGAAAAUUCCAAAAAUACACCCAAGAGUAAUAAAAAGAGAAAAGGUGUAAAGAAAGAGAGCAAAUCACCACCCAAAAAGACUAAAACGGAAUGGGAUGGAAAAAAUGCAGAUGCCAAUGCUGAAUAUGAGGUGGAACGUAUUCUUGAAGUACAUCAUAAAAAGAAUGGAGCUCGAGAAUUUCUUAUUCAUUGGAAGGGGUGGGCUAGCCAGUUUGACUCCUGGGAACCUGAAAGCAAUUUAAAUUGCCCUGAAUUGAUAAAGAAAUUCAUGGAUAAGGUGGAUGUCGCUCGCUCGUCGGAGUCUAGAAAUCUCAGGGUGGCACCGGAAACGACACAUCGUUUUACAUUGCAAGAUCCAUCGUCAGGCCGUCGACUCAGCAAACGUAGAGGGCAACGACAACGUGUGCGAUAUGAUAAUGCAGAGUAAAGUUUGUAAAAAGGAUUUUUUCUAUUUAAGCUUAUGGUGCACAGUACAAAUUUUGUGCGUUAUUAUUUUAUGUAUGAAAUCAUUAGUCUUCAUGAGCGCAGUGUUAGCGUAUAGUGAUGACUUACAUGAAACAUAUUCUUCAAAAGGACCAUUUAAAAACAACUUUAAAAUUUAUUUAAAUUUUAUUUUAAAUAAUAUAUAAAGCAUUAUUUAAUUGAGUUAAUAAGAAAUAUACUUUUGGUUUAUGGUUGUGUCGUAUGAACGGAAUAUGAAAGCAUUUACGGGAAUCCAACCACAAAGGAUGUACGAAAUAUUUGUACUAUAAGUUUUUAAAUAAAAAUGGUAUAUAUAUUCACAAAAAAGCAAUAUUUAUGUUUUCAUUAAGGCAUUGCUGCAGAUAGUUUUAAGCGUUAGAUAACGAAUGCUUAAAACUAUUUAGUUGUUGUCAAUUUACAGUUCGUCAAGAAAUGCCACGCAAUGAUUUAAUUAAAUAAAAACAAACAAAAAGUGAUGCCUUGAAAUUUCUCAGUUCAAUUUAUGAUCUCAAAAUGCCUUUAAAUAAAAAAAUCGUUGGAAAACAAAGAUCUAAUAAUGUUAAAAAGGGUUGGCCCGUACGGUGACGUAAAUAAAUAGUAUCCUACGUUUUUUUUAGCAUUAUCUUAUUUUUGGUAAAUUAGUAAUUACUGGCAUAUUAGUUGGAAGCAAAUUGAUAAACAAAUUAGUCUUAAAAUGUUUUAUGAAUGUUUUGUAAUUGUUUUAAUCUAAUUUAAAAGUAAAUGUUUUUUUCUUAAAAAAUCACUAAAAGUCUAGUUGACAAAUUGUGUUGCAAGUAUUAAAAAUGGAUAUUUAUAACUUUUAACUAACUUUAGACUGUUUUAUUUUUAUUUUAAAACAGUUUAAAGUUUUAUAUAUAUAUUAAAAAUCGUAGGAUAGCUGCUUAUGAAUAUCACCAAGAUAGUAUCAGAAAACUUCGUUACUCCAUUUUUUGUUUAUUCUGCAAAAUACAUAUUAGAAAAUAUUAUUGAAAUUUCGUUAUAUAUAUACCAUAAGAAUUAUUGAAAUAUUUGCAUUUAAGUAAUAUAUUUAAAAAUGGAGAUGAGAAGUUUUAUUUCGUUAAUACUGCAUCAAUGUAUAUACUUUUAAAAAAUGUGCAAUAAAGUAAUAACAGGCAGACUUGUCUAUUUCAUAUUGCAUUUUAUAUGCGUGGGGUAUGUUAACAUGAUAAAACAUUAUAUUGCGUGCAUGUGUUCUUCAAAACUAAGUAUGUAUUUGUAACCUUAGUCUGAUAUAUGUAAUAUUACGCGAGACUAAUUUCGCUCUGUGUAAACAUAAAUGUUAUAUAUUAUAGUUUUCAAAAAUAUUGUCUUAUUAUAUAAAUGUAUGUUUAGAGAUGACUACAGGCGUAUAAUAUAUUUAAGUAUUCAUGUAUCAUGAUCGUAUUCUGUACGCAGUUCAGUUGACGGUUGAUUUUAAACUAAUAUGAAAUGCGUACUAGUACACGCUCGUAACUACUUGCAAGCACGCUCUGUAUUUAAAGUGCGUGAUUUUGUUUAUACAAUUUAGUAUAAACAAGCCUUGUGUAAAAUAAUUGUUGGUUUUCUUAACGAUUAACACUGCACCACAUAUUGUCACGUCAGUAGCCAUUUAAUGGUAAAAAAGUAUUGUUAUAUUUUCGAUGAUAGUUAAAUGGCAAAUAUUCUUAUAAAAUAGUUAGCAAUUCAACAAUUGCCAACGAUAUAAAAAUUAUAUUCAUAAGAUUGCUAUUUCUUUUUAAAAUUGUGUUAUAAUAUAUUUUAAUAGUCUAAAACGAAACUAUUUUAGGUAUUAGAUUUAAUAAAAGUCUUACAUCUCUGGA